AUGAGUCACCUACUGCACGCUCCAAUAAUCCUCUUGAAGGAGGGGGCAGACACCUCUCAGGGCAGAGGCCAAAUCAUCAGCAACAUCAACGCCUGCCAAGUGGUAGUUGACAUCGUCAGAUCUACCCUUGGACCCCGAGGGAUGGACAAACUGAUCGAGACGGAAAGUGGGGCGACUAUCACCAACGAUGGAGCGACAGUGCUGAACCUUCUUCAGGUCAAACAUCCAGCAGCCGCGCUUCUCGUGGAUGUGGCACAGAGCCAAGACCUUGAGGUUGGCGACGGCACCACCUCCGUAGUAGUUCUUGCUGGAGAACUACUGCAGGAGGCAAAAGCCUUUGUUGAGGAUGGCAUGGCAACGCAAGUGAUCAUCAAGGGGCUGAGGGCUGGCCGCGAUCUUAUGGUUGUGGAGGCCGUCACGCUGUUGGGUCCGAGUCUCGACAUCUCGAUGGUGGGGUUGAAAAAGGAGGCGGGCGGCAGCUAUGGAGACAGUCGUGUGGUGCGUGGCGUUGCCUUCAAAAAGACCUUCUCGUAUGCUGGCUUCGAGCAGCAGCCUAAGAAGCUGAUAAAUCCAAAGAUCCUGCUCCUCAACCUGGAGCUAGAGCUCAAGGCCGAGAAAGAAAACGCGGAAGUCAGGCUCGACAAUCCAGAUGACUAUCAGUCCAUCGUGGAUGCGGAGUGGGAUCUUAUUUACGAGAAGUUGCAAACUAUCGCCGACAGUGGGGCCACCGUUGUCUUCUCCAAACUCCCUAUUGGAGACUUGGCAACCCAGUUCUUUGCCGACAGAAACAUAUUCUGCGCUGGUCGCGUUGAAGAUGCAGAUUUGCAGAGGGCAGCGAAAGCCACAGGGGCAAAGGUUCAGUCUACAGUCAGCGGCCUGACGCCCGACGUCCUGGGGAGCUGCGGCCUAUUCGAGGAGGCGCAGGUGGGAAGCGAGCGAUACAACAUUCUCUCCGAGUGCCCUGAGGCAGAGUCUGCCACAAUCCUGCUGCGUGGCGGCGCUCCCCAGUUCCUCGAUGAAGCUGAGAGGUCUUUGCACGACGCCAUCAUGAUCGUCAGGAGGGCCUUGAGGUCUCACGCGGUCGUUGGGGGAGGCGGAGCUAUCGAAAUGGAGCUGUCUCGCUAUAUCAGGGAGCACAGCAAGACGGUAGCUGGCAAACAGCAGCUGGUCCUCAAGUCCUUCGCGAGAGCUCUUGAGGCAAUUCCUAGAGCCCUCACUCGGAAUGCGGGCUUCGACGCUACAGAUGUCCUCAAUCAGCUAAGGCAGAAGCAUGCCACUUCUUCCGAGGUCUGCUGGAUCGGCGUAGACUGCAUUAAUGGCGGGGUCGCUGACUCUAUGGCAGCCCACGUCUGGGAGCCGGCGAUCGUUAAGCAGCAUGCGCUUGCUGCAGCCACGGAGGCCGCCUGUCUCAUCCUCUCUAUUGACGAGACCAUCACACAGCCAAACCCCCAAGAUAAGAAGGGGGGGAUCCAGUAA